CCGAUGAUGAUGAAAACAUAACUUCCGGUUGUGGAUACGGGAAAAUUCUACUUUGCUUGUUGUCUGCUAGCAAGCUGUCAAGUACAUCAUAAACUAACUAAUCACGAUGUAUGAUCCUGAAGCUGACCCCGUUGUGGACGACAAUGGUUUCCAGGAAUACAACAGCUUCAGUGAGAAGAGUAUCCGGCUUGGAUUUAUCCGCAAGGUCUAUGGCAUUCUCACCUGUCAGAUCGCAGUCACCAUUGCCAUUAUGUCACUGUUCCUCUAUGUUCAUGAGGUUCGUGAAUACUCAAGGAACAAUCCAUGGAUGUGGUUCCUGGCACUGGCCAUCACCUUCAUUGCAAUCAUCGUCCUGGCUUGCUGUCCGAACGUCCGGCGACAGAGUCCCACCAACAUGAUUCUGCUUGCAGUGUUUACUAUUUGUGAAGGAUUCCUGCUUGGGACCGUUGCAAGCCACUAUGACCAGGAUGCUGUCCUCAUGGCUGUUGGUGUCACUGCUAUUGUGACUGUGUCCCUGACCAUAUUUGCUUUCCAGACGAAGUGGGACUUCACCAUGAUGGGUGGCAUGCUGUUUGUCUUCCUCAUCGUGCUGCUCUGCUUCGGUCUUCUGUGUGCAAUCAUCCGAAGCAAGUAUGUCACCCUGGUGUAUGCCUGCCUCGGAGCCCUGCUGUUCUGUGCUUACCUGGUGUUCGACACUCAGCUGAUGCUAGGGGGGAAACACAAGUAUUCUCUGUCACCAGAGGAGUACAUCUUCGCCUCGCUCAACCUCUACCUGGACAUCGUCAACAUGUUCCUCUACAUCCUCGCCAUCAUCGGCAUAGCCAGAGACUGAUAGCAACAACUUCAGCAUGAACGCAGGUUGGACGACAUUGGCAUUUUCUAUGGCAACCUAACCAUGCCAUGUUCUGUAGAUGGAAAAUGCGUUAUCUCUGUAGAUUGCUUCAGAUUAACUUCAGUGCAUGCACUAUCUAUCAAAAUAUGUUUGCUUGAUAAUCAUGUUAUCUUGGUUGCAGUUGUUUACAAAGAUUUUUAUUUUAUCAGUUUUUUUCUUUUUAUUGCAAUCACAUGAAAAUAGCACAAAAGUGGUAAUUAUUUGUUUAUCAAGAUAUUUUCUGUGAAAGUACCGUGGCAAGGUUUAAGAUUAUGGACUCUUCUGGGAUCAUUAUACGCAUGUUUAUAAUUGUUUUCUUUGAUUUAUUGUUUACAAUUUUGUUUGCUAUACAUUGAAAUUUGUUAUUAUAAUGAUCUUCUAGAAACUAGUCCCUACUGAUGUUACAAAGGAGAUGGAGAGUAUUUAUCGGAUAUAUGUAUCUUUCUCCUGUCAUUGGCAAGGAAUACAUCUGAUCAAGUCAGAUUGUUUUAGCAUGCACACUGGCUGUUGAAAUUGGUUGGUUUGGUUGCACCCUACAUAUGGCCUCAGAGGUAGGAGGUCUGCAACAGUGAACUGUGACUGGUACACUACUAUUAUGAAACAAAUCAUCCAUUUCCUCUAAUGUACAGGAAUAGAGCACUUGUGGUGGUACUGCAGUCCCUCUUUACCCUGGCUCACCAGCAUGACUGGUCAGUAGCUAGUAACUUGUGUUUAUGAACAGGUUGAAUGCAGGUCACUAGCCCUACUAUCUGGUGGAUCUCACAGACACCUGAGUUCAGAUUCUCUCUUCAGUGUGUAGGGAGGACAUUGUGCAUGACUUAUGUGAUGCAGUAAGUCAUGUGGUACAAGGGGAUGUUGUCUUUGGUGUACCAGCUGAGGACAUAUAUCACAUUUCAUCACAUUCAGUUCACCUCCUUUUCAAACAAUAACAUACACAUUAUUUCUGUUCUCGUAUUCAUGAUAAUGAUAAAGUCCAUAUUUGAUGUAAAGUCCAUAUUUGAUGUAAAAGUCCAUAUUUGAUGUAAGGUCCAUAUUUGAUGUAAAGUCAUGCAUCAGCACUUCUGUGGUAUGGGUGGCCCAGUCACCUGGGACGCCUCAAUCUGCUGUGCAGAGUUGAAUCUCUUCUAUAUGCCAGAAACCUAUGAUUGUGGGUUCGAAUCCUGGUUCGACCCGAUUAUUUUUCUAGCUAUGUCCUCACCAGACCAAAGCUCGUGGGUUUCUCCAAAGUGGUAAACAUCUAAGACCUGCCUUAUUUCAAGCUUUCCUCCAACUUAAUUGCCCAUGAUCUGUCAUUCUUAUUAGAAUCAACCUGACAGGCAUGGCGACAUAUGAAAUACUGUCAAAAGCAAGAUUAAACCCUCAAUCAAGUGUUAGAUGAUAGAUACAAAAUUGGAAUUUUAUCAUUGUUUCUGCAUUUAAUAUGCAUCUCUGUAUGCUGCCAUGUACAUACAUGGGUUAUAUCAUGAUAUGUUGUUAUGCUGAUACAUGUUGACUGACGUAUCAUGACAUUCAAAUCCAUAUCAUGUUACUGUGUACAUACCCUAUCUACUCAGCUCACUGCAGCCAUUUUGACUGGAAACUGACAUCAACAGUACACAGUAGUUAGGACUCCCGUCCGCAGAGAAGAUCUGUGACCUUAUGCCACCUUGAAUGUUGAUGUAGAUGUAUACUUAUAAACAAUUAAGGAUCACCGAUUCUUUCUUGUUAAAAUAUUUAAUGUGUCAUGACCUGAUAGAUUAACUAUAGAAAUAUGAAAGUAUGGUGUGAUCCUGAACUUGUUUUGUGUUUUGAGUAGUACAUGUCAUAGCCUGUAGUCCCCAAUGUGUUGUAACUUGCACACUAUGUGUCAAGUAUUUGAAAGGCAUUAAGAAGUGGUACACAUGAGGAAGAGAAUUUAUGGAUGUCAACUUCUUUAUUAGGAGGAACACAACGUUUCGGAGUAUAUACUUACUCCUUCAUCAUUCACCUGAUGAAAGGUGAGGUGAAAUGGGGUUUAACGUCGCGUCCAAGAUUAUUGAACUUAUAUAGCAAUGUGCAUGCACGUGUAUGUAUGUGUGUGGCUGCUUGUACUAGUCCGGACUGAUGCCGAUUUAUAGUGCUAGCUCACUGAGAUACCAUGCCACAGUGUAACAUGAAUACCCCACUCAGACACAGUAUACUGACUCCGAGCCGACCAGUCCUUGUUUUAGUGUCGAGCGCCUUAAUGCCGAGCGCCAGACAGGGUAACAACAAGUACCAUCUUUUAACGUCUUAUGGCAUGACGCGGUCAGGGAUCGAACCCCGGGCCUUCUGCUCUCCGGGGAGGACGUUCUACCAUUAGUCCACGGAGGCGGUCCCUGAUGAAAGAGUAAGUAUAUACUCCAAAACGAGUUGACAUCUAUAAAUUCUCUGCCUUACACUAUGUGUCAUCGAUUGAACAUGUGAGAGAACAUGUUGAGUGCUUCAGGUGCAUGUUUAUAUAUCAGGUAACACAAGCAGGGAGGACAACAGGUUACACGCCAGGACAUCCUCUUAACACCCUGGUAAGCUGAAACAGUUUCAGCCAUUGUCAUCCCUGCGCGGAAGAUAACUCGUACGCUUGUACUUGAUAAGACAGAUCUAAAAACAAAGGACAAACAAGAUAGUUGUCAGAAUGAAUGAACAGCCUUUCAUUAACUUAUAUGAUAGCAUACCUACUGUUUGUGAACUGCGGGGGGGGUGUGAGUUAGAAUUAGUCCCAGCAACCUAAGCUGAUCGUAAGAGAUCACAUGGUCUGGUACGGUGACUUGGUUCAUAGUGUUACCUCAUACCCUGAUCAUGUUGAUUGUUGCUCACAAUAUCGACCACUGCAUUACUGUUGGGUCUUUUCCCAACACAUUUGGUUUGAGGGAGUUGAUUGGGAUCAUUUUAUAUUUCCAUGGGGUCAUGAGAACCUCCCAUGUAUUGCAGUAUAUAUCUUUAAUAAUGAUUAUCAUACAUAAAACUUUAUCACUUUUAAUUUAAUUUAAUUUUAUUAAAUUUAUAUGAUCAUUGUCCUUUAAUUAGUAAUCAACAUGUUUAAAUAUCAUUGUGAUUUACAAAUAUUUUUCAUCAUGAAUAGUGCUGUAUGGGAAUACACCAACAAGGUAUUCCAUAAACAGGUUGUUCCGUUGCACUGCUGCAUUCCAUGGCUUGCUCCAAUAUGUGUUAUCAUGAAAGCGGGGAUGGGGGGAGAGGGUAGGGAGGCCUAAGGUGCCGCAAUUUGCUGUGCAGAGUCACAUCUUUUGGGCACACCAAGAACCUAUGAUUGUGGGUUGGAAUCCCAGUUCGACCAGAUUCCAGAUUUGUUUCUGUGUUUGUCAGCACCUUACCCAUGCUCUUUGGUUGUAAAGUUGUAAUCAUAUCAGACCUGCAUCACUGCGAGCUUUCCUCCCACAUGAAGCUGACAUGCCAUGAUAUAACUGGAAUUCUGUUCAAAGUGGUGAUAAACCCAACUCAGUCUCUCACUUACAUGAACUAGGCCAAUCACUGCAAAGGCUCAUAUCCACACCCACCAUACCGAGUGGUAAUCUGGCCUGGGAAUAUCAGGGCAUGGACACUGAAACCUAAUUGAUCCAGACUUGUCAAGAUAUCGUAUGAAUGAUUAUUUUUAGGAAUGUCUAGCUUGGAUUCAUUAAUUUGGAAAUUGGAAAAUCUGGACAACUUAACUGAGAGCGGCAUGGUCUGGAUUGACAAGGUUUCAGUAUGUAUGGCCUAUGUGUUUGAGGUGUAUAGACGGGAGGGAGGAUACUAUUGGCUAUUUCUUUCUUGGAUGACGUGCUCGUAAUUUUUGAAGUUGUUUCAUGUUGUGAGUGUCAAGAUGUGGGAAGUUUUUGUAAGUUUGUAGAACUGUUAUCCAUGACCGGUAUUAUGUCAGCAUGUGUUUGUUACAUGUGGUUUGAGUCUGAUUCCCAUGAGUUCGCUGGCAUGAUAUGGCUGCAAUGCUGCUUACCCCGGUAUUCAGAGAAAAGCUUAGCUCAAUCACACCUUCACAGCCAUUGAAACAGUGGAAUCAUGUAGAUAUGUUCCGUAACUGUGCUUUUGUGUCAUUUUGCUUGGUGAAAAACACUAUCAAUCUUGGCUUUAGGGUUGAUCAUGAAUAUCAAAGUGUUUGUCAGCCAUGUUGACCAGAUUGUCAAAUAUCAUGUUCAUCAUGUUCAUGCAUGGGGCAAUGGUUUUCUUUCACAGUUUGUUAAGGUCACAGCAAAUUGUUUAUUUGUUUGUUUUCUGUCACUUGAGCCCCUUCUCCAGCCACCUCCUCUAACAUAGGGGCUUUGUUUUCAACAAACGGAGCAAUUUUUUGUUGCCUUAACAUCUUUUGUUUAUUUUGAAUGGUGCAAUUAUAUCUGAUACUCGUAUAAUUAUUGUAAUAUACAUCACUGUCAUAGCGUAUAUGUGACAUAUUGGAAUGUAGAAAUCAUUGGGUAACUGUAGUUGUAUAUAUGCUGUAGUUCUUGCCUUUUGAAUUUAGUGUAAGCUUAUCCUCUUAACAGAUAAGUUCUGGACUAAUGUCUUCACAUAUUAGUGUAAAAGAAUCCUCAUGGCUAUGUUCAAAUUGUUUGAUUUGGGUUAAUGUGCUCCAGUUCCAAGAUCUGUCAGGGACGGCUGGCCCAGUAGAUCAGGUGCAGCAAUACUCUGCAGAAUUCCAUCCCUUAGCAGAGCCAGGAUCAAAUGGCUCUGGGUUCAGAUCCCAAUUUGUAUCCUCUAUGAUCCUUGGUCUGUCGUACUUGUGUUUGUUGGCUUCACUUUGAGUCAAUGGUUUACCCCACAUCAACUGACACAUUGUGACAUUACUGAAUAGUGUUAAAUACAACACCAGGCCCCAAAAUGGUUCAUGUUUGUUUCUUGUCUUGGAUUGAGUUUAUGGGAUUUCUACAUCUGGGCCCUGGUUCACAAAGUGAUUGUAACAUUACGACUGUCUCAAGUUAAUACUUUAACACUGGCUUAAGACAGUCAUAGAGAUACUACCACUUUGUGAAACUGAGCCCAGGAAUAGAAGUGAAACAUGUUCAGAGUUACCUCCCCUGCAUUUAAUAUGUUCAGAGUUACCGCCCCUGCAUUUAAUAUGUUCAGACUUACCUCCCCUGCAUUUAAUCACAUUCAGACUUACCUACCCUGCAUUGAAACAUGUUGACAGGGUGAAAAAGUGUCUGUGCUGACAAGUGGAGUUCAAGACCUUUUUGGGGCCUUUGAUGUAAAAAAUAUCAUAAUAGUGAUUUCUGUGACACCAGACACCUACCAGGUUAGAUCUUCAAUGAUGGGUGUUGUCUACAUUGAUGUCUGUCACAUGUGUAAUAUCACGCUCUUGUUAAUUGCAGACAUGGGUUAAUUCAGUAUUCAUUUGUUGAUUAUAUCCUUUCGUGUAUCAGUAUUUUCUCUACAUUUAGACCUGGUGAAAUGACAUUGAGAUUGAGAUCUGUGGAUGAACAAUUUAUUUCAAACUAGUAUUAAGAGGGCAGUAGGGACAAAAAUCACUUAGGUACUCAAGCAAGUUGAGUUGUAAACCGCUAGUCCUCCUUGAAAGGAGGACCACUCAGCGACACUCGUGGAAACUAAGGAAGUAAAGUUAAAACAUGAAGUUUUGUGAUAUGAAGAUAACAACAGUGAAAUAGUUGUUGUAAAUAGUACUAACACUACUUAAACAAAUGUGUGUGAAUCUCUUAAGGGAGUUGCCAAAGGUUAAGAUUGUAUGACAAGACUUUCUGUUGAGAACACACAAGUGACUUGUGAGUCUGCCCACACGAGUACUCAAGUAAUUAUUCCCUACUUGUUUCCUCAAAAAGAAAAUAGCAAGUGCUGCUAGUCAGUCCACCAAGUAUUUGUGCCUGUUAGUAAUUUAUGUAUGUAAACAGAUUAAGAUCUGAUGUUCAAUAAUAAAUGAGAACCAUCCACCCUGAAGCUGAUUUCAGGAACUUUGUCAACCUUUUUGUUUCUACUUCAAUGAUGUGAGAGUACCGGUAUACAUAUUCUAACUGUUGUUACUGUGGAUGAUGAUGUGUUUAUUGUGUGAAUGUAUACACUUGUUAUGAAACUUCUAUAUGCGUCAAUAAAUUCUAUGUAUAUCAGA